AUGUCCUGCACCUUGACACAUUUUUGUCUGUAGCCACAACACCACAUCUAUCUAACAGCUGUUAUUAAAGAUGGGGGAGAGGUUGCAAAGUCAAAAAAGCUUUGUUUGUUCUUUUUUUGAUUGUAAAGCCAAGUUCAGUAAGUCAUGGAAGCUGGAGGCUCAUCUGUGCAAACACACGGGAUUGAGACCCUUUUCCUGUGGGAGUUGUGACAAGAGCUUUUGCACUCGCUAUCAGCUCACCAGACAUGAGUUCAACCACAGUGGAGACAAACCACACAAGUGUCUGCUUGAAGGAUGCUCUGAGGUCUUUGUCACAAAUGCCAGCUUGAAGAACCAUAUGGUUCGAGUUCACCAGCACCGGGAGAAGCAAUAUCAGUGUGACCAUCCAGGCUGUAAAAAGGGUUUCAACAAGAGGCGUCAGCUGAAGGCGCAUAAGUGUGAGCACACACAGCUUCUGCCAUUUCACUGUACUUUCAGUGGCUGUACAAAGGAAUUUCCUACUCAUGGAAAACUGCAGCACCAUAAAAAAGUACAUGAAGGUUACCCUUGUAAGGAGGAAGACUGUUCCUUCAGGGGGAAGACAUGGACAGAAUAUCAGAAGCACAGAAAGAAACAUCAAGUCAAGCUGCAGUGUGGAGAGUGCAAAAAGCUGUUUAACAACGCCUGGUUCUUGCACCAGCAUGAGCUGAAUGUCCACACUCGGGAGAAGAGGGUGUUCCCUUGCCCCAAACGAGGGUGUGACAAAAAGUUCACUAAGCGCUUCAACUUGGAGAGCCAUGUACUGGGUGACCAUGAGGGCAAGAAGCCCUUCAGCUGUGCUUAUGCUGGCUGUAGGAAGAGCUUUGCCAUGAAGGAAAGUCUUUGGCGACAUGGCGUGGUGCAUGACCCUUCAAAGAAAAAGCUGCAGAUGCUGCGUCCUAGAAAGAACCAGCCCUGGCGUAAGGCACAACAAGCCAGAAUGGCAGCAGAGACCCGGAAACUAGCCGCUAAGCUGCAAAAUACACAGCUGGUAGACACCAAACCAUGAGGCUCCAGUGUACAUGUCUUGCUUUGAACUAUGACUAUGUUCAUUAAGGGUUGAACAAACCAUUCCAUAAGUUUCUUUUCAGAUGCAAUUUUGUUUAUCCAAAUAUGAAGGGAAAUAAAGCCUCACUGUUAAGCACUACA